AAAUAAACGUCGUCAGUAUCCAACAAUCCUCAGUCUUUUCUUGGCAUCCUCAACAUCGCGAACCUCCCGCUCAAAACUUGGAUAUUUUAAAUAAUCAAAAAAACACAUCCACCAGUGUUAAAUAUAUAUUUUUUAAUUUAAUCAUAAAUUACAAAUGUGUUUAGCUAAAUUACAAAAAUUAGUGACCAUGAAUUUAAAUUGACUCGAUUUAUUUUAAAUUUAGCAAUUUAUAUUUUUUUCUAUUCAAAUUAAUCAUCAUGUUGGCAAUUUGGAUAUUCACCCUGUUGAGCUUAAUGACGAUUUCGGUAUUUUGUCUGACACCAGAUGAGAUCGAAGCACAAAGAAGUGGUUGGAAUAUUGAUCCAACAACACAAUAUCAUAUUCAAACUGAUGAAGGACCAGAAAGAUAUUUUCGUUAUCAAACAGCAAAUGGACAAUUUAGAAAAGAAAAAAGACUUGCUGAUGGUACUGUCAUUGGAACAGAGGGUUGGCUUGAUGCAACUGGUUUUCUAAGAAUCAAAGAUUACAUUGCUGAUAGUAAAGGCUACAGAAUACUCAAAUCGAAAAAAGUUUAUGUUGGACCACACAGUCCAAUUCAAGAUGCCGUUGCUAUAAGUCGACAUGUACCAGCACAAUCUGGUAUUUUAUCAAAGCCAAGAAGACCACCAAAUCCAUUCCGAAAACCAGCUAUUCAAGAUUUGCCUGGUAACAGUAUUGAAUCGAAUUCGAUAAAACCAUACAGAAGAUAUAAUUCACCAACGACAGCAUCAUAUCCAAGCUAUCUAUCAUCAACACCAUCACCAAUAACAAUCGACGAAAGAUACAACGAAAUACAAAAACCAGUAUCAAAUUAUUUAAGCCAAAAUUAUAAAUACCAAUCACCAUACAAUGGUCGUUGGAGAAAACCAUCACAAUCUGUUGAAAUAAUUCAACAAAAUGAUGUAAUAAAUACCAAUCAAUACAAGGAAAAUAUAAACAUUGAUCCUGUAUCAAAUUAUGGAAAUUAUCGUCAAGAAACAAGAAGAUAUCGUGCAGCAAUUGCAUCAGGAAAAUUCAAUUCAACAUCUAGACAAACGAGAGGUCGUAAAGCAAAUCAACAAGUAGCUACUUCAAGAUCUGAUGAUAAUGAUAAAAAUAUUAAAAAUGAUAAUACAGUUUAUUAUGUUAAAUCUAAAAAUAGACAGGCAAGAUAUUCACAAUCACCUUUGUCAUCAUUUCCUUCAUCUUCUUCAUCUUCUUCUUCAUCAUCUUCUUCGUCUUCUCCAGCUGAUGAAUUACCAGAAUACGAUGGUACACAUACAAAUGCUGAUGGCUUUCAGUAUUAUUUAAAAACUCAUUAUCAUGAAGAAGAACAACAACCUGAUAAAAGUGUUGGAUCAUUUGGCUAUGUUGAUCCAUUUGGUAUACGAAGAGUUGUUUAUUACAAAGCUGAUUCUGAUGGUUUUGUUCAUAAAAAAAAUAAUCGUUAUGUUGGAUUCAAUGCAACACCAUAUGAUCCAUUACCACCCAAGUCAACUUGAACAAAAAAAUAUGCGAAACAACUCGUGAAACUUAGUCAAAAUACUUUCAUAUUUUUGUCAAUUGGAAUUUUUUUUUUUUUUAACAACAAAUUACUCUCGACGUGCCAGUCGAUUUAGAUUUUAAUAUUAUCGAUAAUUAAUUUUUUUUUUAAAUUUUUUUUCAACUGUGCGAAUGAGUUAAUUGUGUUGACUGAUUUUUUUUUUUUUUUCUCUCAGCAUGAAGAUUAAUUUUAAAUUUAAUUUAACGUUAUUUUAAAUUUCUUGCAAAUUUAUUUUUAAUUGAUAAAUUUGUAUUUAUGUUUUUUUUUUUUUAAGUAGAGUUGUAGUAUUAACAUUUAGACCGUGAUAUAAUUCAAGUAUUUAAUUAUUGAUGUGAAUGGAUUUUUGAAUUUUAAUUAUUUAAAUGGUGCUGCUGAUGUUGCCCUGAUGAUCAUAGUGCAUUUAAUUAUAUUUAAUUUUUAUGAUUUUAUUCACUAAACAAUUAGUUUACAAAUUAAACGUUGAAGUAAAUUUAACAAAUGAAAUAAAUCGCGACAAAAUAAAUUAUGAAUAAUUAAAUUGCGAUGAAAAUUAAUUGACAAAAAAAAUUUAUCGCGAAAAAAUAAUUUAUUCACGAAAAAGCAAUUUAUUCACGUAAUAAUAAUUUAAAAAAGAAAUAAUAAUUUUAAAUUAUGCUCUAAUUAUUAUUGAUUAUAAUCAAAGAUUUUUAAUUUUUUUUUUAAAUUUAUUUCAUCGCAAUUUAUUGUUUUAUAAUUUUUUCAAAAACAAAAUUUAUUUCGUCGUAAUUUAUUUCGCCUAUUUUGAAUAAUUAAAAAUGCACUCUGGCCUCAGGGCAAUAAUUAAUUAGUAUCUGUAAAUUAAUUUACAAAUACUGAUUAAAAUAAUUUUUUUUUUUUUUUUUAAAUCAUCGUUAUCUUUACUACCUCUUUAAUUUUUUUUCUAAUUUUUUUUUUCAUCCAUAAAUGUAAAAUUUAAACAAUCAAAUACUAAAAAUAAUAUUUAAUUAUUAUUUUUUCUCCUAUAUUUGUACUGAAAUGAUUGCUAUCUUUUUUUAGAGAUUCAAUUAUUAAUUUAAUCAAAUUAAUUUAGUUUAACCACGCUAUGUUAUUUAUCAAUUGAUAAAAAAAUUAAUAAAAUAAUUUUUUUAUCUUAUUUAUUCACGCUCGUGUGAGUUCAAUAAAAUCAACACAAUUUUUAUUGAAAAUUAUUAUUAAAAUACAUGAAAAGGUAAUUAAAAAAAACAAUAAUUAUUUAUGGAAUAUUGUAUUCAUAAUUGACAGUAUAAAAAUAUUUUAAAAAAGAAAUAAUAAUUUUAAAAUAUGCUCUAAUUAUUAUUGAUUAUCAUUAAAAUUCAGUACUAUCGAUAAACAAUAAUCGAUCAAUUUUAAAAAAUCAAUAACGCUGUCUAAAAAUACGACAGUCAUUACCUAAUAUUUUUUAAAUUGACGCACAAAUGAUAAUGUUUUAAUUAUAAUAUUUUUUUUCAUUUAAAGACGGUAAUUUUUAUUGUCUUCGCGUCUGUCAAUUUGUUGAUUGAAUGGUUGUGGAUUUUUAGCUUCAAGAGCUGCCUCUUCCUGAGAAAUUUAAAAAAAAAAAAAAAUCAAUUAAUUGUUACUGAAGAUAAAUUAUGA